AUGGCCACCUCCGGAAAACGCAAACGCAACGACCUGACCCUUGCUGACAAGUAUGAAGUUGUUAAACUUCUUGACCAGAAGCUCUCCCAGGCUGCCAUCGCUAAGAAGUUAGACUGCUCGCAGUCCCAAGUAUCCCGCAUAUCCCUGAAGAGAGAAGACAUUAGGACACAGUUUGAAGCCAACUCCAACCCACACCGCAAACGACAGAGAACUGGCAAAGAUUCUGAUGUUGAGACGGCCCUAUCGACUUGGUUCACCGAUGCCAGGGCAAGAGACAUUCCCAUCACCGGACCCAUACUGGAGGGGAAAGCGAAAGAUCUCGCAUCCCAUAUGAAGAAAGAAGAUUUCACGCCAACUUCUGGAUGGCUGAGCCGCUGGAAGCAGAGAAACGGCAUCACCUACAAAAGAAUCUGUGGAGAGAAGAGAGACGCCGACAUUACAGCAGCUGAUAACUGGAUAACGACCGUAUUACCCGAGCUACUCUCUAAGUACGAGCCGAGAGAUAUCUACAACGCCGACGAGACGGGGAUUUACUACCGGGCAUUACCAGACGGGACACUGGCUUCAAAAGCGGAGACUGUGAGCGGCAGCAAGAAGGCUAAAGAUAGGAUUACUGCGAUGAUAUGCUGUAAUAUGGACGGCACCGACAAACGGCCACUACUAGUACUGGGUAAAAGCAAAAAUCCAAGAUGUUUCCGUGGCCAGUCCAGCCUACCAGUUAUCUACGACGCCAACCAAAAUGCCUGGAUGACAGCAGUCAUAUUCACUGACUGGCUGAAAAAGUUCGACAGAGAGAUGAGACUAAAGAAAAGAAAUAUUCUUUUACUAGUCGACAACUGCGCCGCCCACCCACAGACCGCCACCACUGCCGUUAAGAAUAUCAGUCUAGUUUUCCUCCCACCCAACACCACUUCAGUGAUCCAGCCAUGCGACCAGGGAAUCAUCAAAAACCUGAAAACUCACUACAGGCGACACAUCAUCAACGACAUCAUCACACAGAUUGACAACGACGCAACCCUGAUGGCCAAUGCCCUGGCAAAGAAGCUGACAUUAUUAACAGCCGUCCACCUUCUGAACCGAUCCUGGAGAGAUGUGACAGCCACCACCAUCAUCAACUGCUACCGGAAGGCGGGAUUCGAACACCAGAGAGAGGAUACGCCCACUGAUGACACACCCACAACCGACCCCACUGAGUCCACCACACCCGAUGCUGACUUCGAGGAGUACGUCAACAUUGAUGCAGACUUGGAGUGCCACGGAACACUUUCCGAUGAAAGCAUCUGCGCCAGCAUACUUAAAGAAGAAACCGAGGAACCAGAGGAGCCAGACAACAGCGACGACGAAGAAGAAAUCAUCGUUCCAACACCAGCUAGCGAGAUACGGGAUUUCCUUCGCACCAAAGUUCAGAAGUUUUUGGGAGAGAAGGGAUGCAAAGACUUCGAACCGUUCUACGCAUUCCAGCGAUUCAUUGAUGAGCAUUCCACCAGAGAACAAACCAAGAUCACAGAGUUUAUUGAUGUGAAAUGGUAG